UAUGAUUAUAGUUUUGAAGCUUCAAGUGAGUCAGGUUAUCAUCCAAUUGAUACUGAAACCAAUGGCAUUGAACUUUUUGAGUAUUGUGAAGGUGAACACUCUGAUGAUGUUGAUAUCAGCAUCAAAGGGAAGAUGAGAGAAGGUGGUAGCAUCUUCUUAAGACUCAGAAUUGCAGAUAAAGAAGGGCGUAUCAGGAACAUUUAUUUCCCGUUCGACGUCGAGACGGAUACAGCAUUGAGUGUUACGAGGGAAAUGGUUGCAGAGCUGGAUAUUACAGAUCAAGACGUAACGAGAAUUGCUGAUAUGAUCGACGGGGAAAUCGCUUCCUUGGUGCCUGAAUGGAGGUCGGGUUCGAGGCAAAGCUAUUGCCAUAAUUGUGCUACUGCUACUUACAACAAUGCCAUAAUUCAGAACUCUGAGGUAGCUCCAUGCUGUGGACAUCGACAUGCUUCGAUUCACGGUCGUUUUGAGGAGAUAAUGUAUCAAGCUGACGAGUCCGAGAAUCAUACAGCAGAGGCUGCAGAAAAUGUGUCGAGCCUUUCUGUUUGCUUGAAUUAUCCCGAAACGUGGGGACGUCGUGAAAGCCAUGAACUUAGUUCAAUGAGCUCAAGACAUAGCCACUCGGAUGAAGAUUACGAGAAAAUAGAACGAUCAGUUACAGUCACGGACACGAAAGAAGUGAUAAUCGAACGUAAAACUGCUCUUAACACGAGACGCUCGCUUCGGAGCCUAUUGAAUUCCCCUUCAUUAGAUGAUGUUCAACAAGAAAUGAGAUGGAUUAAGGCCAAGUACCAAAUAGAAUUAAGCAAGCUCAGAGAUGAUAGGUAUGCUCGAGACACGAACCGAAGUAGUACCGAUAGCCAUGUUUAUACAAAUAGUAGCUGUUGCGGUACAGACUCGGAAAGAGCUCGAAAUCGCAAGGCCAUGGAGGCGGCCUCCAUUGUGGAGAAGGUAGUCACUGCUAAAAAUGCCUGCACUGGUUCAUUGCUGCCAAGCUCACUUCAUAGAACUAUCUCUCUCCCAGUUGAUGCUGUGAAUAUGUAACAAUGUAAGGUCAAUCCUUGUAUUCUUUUAUGGAUUCCUAGCCCUAAAUCAAGUCGAAUAAACAAGUAAAUAAAUAAAUUACAUUUACCAUGACUGGGUUCGCACACGUCAUGUUUCUGUA